UUGACGUCAUCACGUUUCGCCGAAACAAAAUUCAAUCAAUCAUCGUUUAGUACAUUAAUCAUACCAAAGAAAUGCUAAUCGUGCAGAUAACGAUCAUCGUCUCCCCUUUCAAUUCAAAUUCAUUUCCUAAACUAGUGUCGCACUUGUCUACCGGUUUGUAUUGGUUGAUAACGGAGAACUGACACCACUUUGCGUCUACUUCAACCAGUCAACUCUUGGCGCAAUUUGUUUACUCAUCGCCUUUCUCACCACCAAGCCAAACAAAACAGAUCUCACGCGCCCUCUCAAUCAUCUUCAAUCAACCUCAUCUCUUUUCGAGAGCUUCUGGUCAAUGAACAACGGUAAGCGCAAAUUUGCGCGACAGGUUUUCUACAGAGUCGAACCCGAUCGCCGACAUUUUUGCGAAGUGUAGAUCGGUUUUCUCCCGAAGUCCGCAUCUGCUUCCUGGGGAUGAUAAGAUUCAUUUCGUGGAAUUCGAAAUAACUUCCAAAAUUCCCAGCUCCUUAUCAUCCACGCAGCUUGUGGAAUCUCGUGACGAACUACCAAUCAGUCGCAAUGUUCAACGCGUACGCAGCAGUCAUAAUCCCGAUCGGGGUGCUUCUUCUGACGAAGAUCUCCUACGCCGAUCCUGUUACCUGCGAUCGUCUCUUUUCGCCGGUUCGGUGUGGUGUUCCGAAACUGCAGAUAUCGAGUGCGUUGCCGUCGAGGGCUGCUGAAGCCAUUCGUGGAGAGUUUCCUUGGCAAGCGGCCUUGUAUCACGAGGAAGAUGGAGAAUUCAGCUACUGCUGUGGAGGAUCUUUGAUUUCCGAAAGGUUUGUGCUGACAGCCGCGCAUUGCGUGAUGAAUCCGAACAAUGGCUUCAAGCUGGCGAUCGGGAGAUUGAGGGUCGAAUUGGGAGUACACGAGCUGGGAGUGACAGACGAGUGCGUUCAAGAUGUUCGAGUGAGGAAGAUUCAUGUGUAUCCUGAAUAUCAUGUGGGAGAUUUCAAGCACGAUCUGGCACUGCUGGAGUUACACAACCGAGUGGUGUUUACUAAUCGUGUGCUGCCCAUCUGUGUUGACAUGAGCGAUCACGAGGAACGAGGCUUCUAUCGACAGUAUGGGAAGGUUUCCGGAUGGGGGUAUACCGAAGUGGAUGCUCUUUCAAACUGGCUUAGAAUGACGGAACUUCCGUUCGUGAACUACACCAGUUGCCUCGGUAGUAAUCCGGAGGUGUUUUCAAGCACGAUCCACGAAGGGAUGUUCUGCGCAGGAUAUGCGAAUGGAUCGAGCGUUUGCAACGGAGACUCAGGCGGCGGUCUGAUCACGUAUCACCGAGAUCAUUGGGUUCUGACAGGGAUUGUGUCUUUCACAGCGUUGAGAGAUGGUCCUCGGAAUUUGUGCGAUAGCGAACAAUAUACCGGAUUCGUUAAAGUUCGGUACUAUCGGGAUUGGCUGAGGAAUAUCACUGGACAGGUGUCACCGUUCAAGGAAGAAGACUUCACGGAAGCCCCAACAACAGUUAGACAUGAAGAAUCGGAAGAACAUGAGAAGCGAGAACCUUGUGGCGAACGGAAGAUUAACAAGCGAAAUUUGAUAGUCAACGGAGUUCGUAGCUACGCCGGAGAGUGGCCGUGGCACGUAGCCGUUUAUGAGGUGAACGGACGUCAGAAGAGAUACAUUUGCGGAGGAACGUUGAUCAGCGAUCAAUUCGUGAUGACGGCUGCACAUUGCAUGUUGGACGAUACGCUGAAGCAACGAAGUGGAACCAUUGUUGUGCAACUCGGGCAGAACGAUCUUUAUGAGAGUUCGGUACAUAUGCGUGAGGUUCGCGUGGGGAAGAUCACUCCACAUGAGGGGUUCGAUCCGAUCAGUAAGGUGAAUGAUAUAGCUCUGCUGGAAUUGACAUCUACGGUGCAGUUCAAUGACUACAUUCAGCCAGCUUGCUUGCCGAGGAAGGAUGAAGUGAAGAAGUGGGAUCCGAAGGGUGAAUUGGGAUCGAUUGUUGGUUGGGGAUACGAGCAGCCUUGGUCUUUUAUGAUAUCGAACUUACUGCUGGGAACGAAGCUGCCAGUGGUUGACGUUGCGAAGUGUGUUACUGGAAAGAAUUUCGGAGUGGAAACCGAUGGUGUGAUCUGUAUGGGAUCCACCAAUGAUACCAAUGCAUGCACCGGAGAUUCCGGCGGAGGGAUGUUCUUCGAAAAGGACGGGUUGUGGACCGUCAGAGGAGUUAUCUCCGCUUUGGACACAGUUGAUGGGUUCUGUAACCCGAAAGGUUACCUGAAGCUUGCAGAUACGGGGUAUUUUUUGAAGUGGAUCAAGAAGGGGAUUCGAGAUGCUAUUAGAGAGGUGACUGGUGGUAGUGAUCGAGUGAUGUCAUUCCUGCAAACUGGUACAGAUUAUGCAACAACACCUGCCAUUCCCGCAACAUCGCGAGCCCCAUACGGAACCUACACCGAGAUCCACCACCAUCAUCACCACUAUUAUCCUCAGCAGCCGGAAGCAGCAGACCAUCGGCAUCGCAACGACUGCAAACAUGGCAGCAGCGAUUCCUCUUCCGAUAGCAACGAAAGUGGUGGCCUCAAGGCACCAAUCAAAAGGAUAUUCAAGAAGAAGAAGUGUCUUAUCAAGGAUUUAAAGGACACUUUGCUGUCCAAAUUGUUCUAGUUAGUAAGAGGCGGAAGGGGCGGUGGAUGGAGCAAAGCUAUUAAUACGUGGGGUAGGGUGGUUCAAAUUACACAAAAAUUACAAAAAAAGCUAGGAUAUCUUCCUUUCAAUAUUUAUUGUGAAAAUAAAGAUGAUUCAGUGGUGGCUUGAAGACAAA